AUGUCAGUCCAAUUCACCCCCCACGUCAAGGCCGUGAGAGACCUAUAUCGACGGUCACUCCGUCUGGCUCUUGAUUGGGCGGUCCAGCGCAAUCUCUGGAGAGGCCAGGCAGUCUACAUUCGCUCCUUGUUCGAUGCCAACAGAAAUGUCAACGACCCUAGACGGCAAAGAGUCCUCUUCCUGGAAACAGAAAAGCUCAUAGACAAGUGGAAGCACCCUGACCCAUACCGGCCACCAACUGCGCCAGGAGGCUCCAAAUACGAACGCAACAUCCCCCCGCCAGACCUGCCUCCUCCCAGUAAGCAUAUUCGGGAGGCGCUGUAA